AUUUCUUUACUAACUCUAUAUUUCCUUCAUUUACUUUCAAUUUGGCAUUGCAUAGGGAAGAAGAAAAUUUAUGACCACAUUGACAAUGCAAACUCCAAUAAAAUUUAAUUUCUCGUUCAUAUCUACUCUUUUUGUUCAGAAUUUCUUGAAAGUCAACAUUUCCAACCUGAUGAAAAGUUUCAACAUGUUCCAAGAAUUCCGGAAAAGUGUCAAAACCCGAUCCACAUUUACAAAGAAAUUUGUAGUAAAUUCUCUUUGUUGCUUUAAGGUUCUUUUUUGCGUUCUUAGAUUUUUUUGUCAUUUGCUUUUCCUUGUGAAUAAAAGAAACUUCUUUCAAAGUUUUGGUAAAUGA